AUGAGGCAGCUCUUAUUCCUAAUACAGUUACUAGCGAUUAUUGUGGCCGCUCAAUCCUUGCCCAGGCAUUGGAAACGGGCCCCAGUACGAGGAACCUUCAAUGUGGAUCUGUAUGCAUUUAAUAAGCCCAGAAUGAACUUGGCCCGUCAAGAGGGGGGCAAAGUUUUGCCAAUGGUUCAACUGUUAGAGCAACUUUCCCACAGCAGCCGCUCGACAAUGCAAAAAUCACAUUACAGGAAUCUAGACGAGACAAUUGAAGCAGACACUAAUUCCAGUUUAAGCACUGUUCGAGCAAAUUUAUACUCCAACGAGUUUCUCUCACAAAAUGUAGGCUCAAAGAAAAUAGUGAAAUUGAAUACACUGGCCGAUGGCAAGCCAGUGCGGGACAAUAUUAAGCUACAGGACGAACCAUUGAAAGUUAAAUUGCCUUUGCCAGAAGCGGGGAAGACUGCAACCACAGAUUCUACGACAACAGAGAGUUCUUCAGCUAAAACUAAUGAAAAUAUCGAAAUUAACACUGUGGAGACUGUGAUGGAAAUGAAGUUGCAGGAAAGCAUGCCCACAGAGACCCCGCUCAAGCAGACUGAUGAUGGUCAACAAACUGACAAUAAUAGAGAAGUGAAGUCAACAGCUAAACCCCUUCGCAUGAAGUCCAAACGAAAGCAGAGCAAAGCCAAAGCCACGACAACAGUGCCAACGACAAUGAAAACGAAAACACAAAACGAAAUUGAGACAACAAUGGCAACAAACUUGAGACCGGCUUUAGCAACUCCAUCAUCGCCAUCGCCAUCAUCAUCCCCUCCAUCCCCUCCAUCGUCCUCACAUGUCAAGGAGCCAGGAAUGGGAUUGGCAACACAAUCGCCGGAAAUCAGCACGCAUCGUCCUACAGAAGCAGCAGUCACAGUGGCCAGUCCGGCAAGGAAGGGUUCGAAGACCAAAACUAAACGCCGGGGCUCUCAACGGCGACCAGCCAAGGAGGAAAUUGAAACUACGACAAAUUGGUGGCAGAUACUACCAUAUGCGGAAAUUAGAACAUUUUUGAAUACGAUUUAUGAUAGCAUUACCGACGAUGACGAUGAACGUGCUGGGGGCAUGUCCAGAAGUUUUGGUUUCUGA